AUGACAAACCCCGAGCUGCGAAGACAAGUGAUCAGAAUCUACAAAGCAGAGCUGCUAUUUAUGGGUCGUGAUUACCCAUUGGGAUAUGACUAUUUCAAGACCAGACUGCAUCGUGCAUUCUCAGCCAAAGCAAAUUUAAGCGAUGAUAAAGAGAUCGAGGAAGGAAUAAAAAGGGCCGAAUUUGUUAAAAAAGGUGCGUUUGACAGCUGA